AAAUGGAAAUCCAAGCGAAGAGAGCAAUCGCAUGACGACCUGAUUUUUUUUAUUAUUUUUAUUUUUCCCACUGCCAAUGGCCUUAUUAUUCUCUCUCUCUGGGGUAAGCCCGUGCCUGCGGCAACACCAACUCCUGGCGUUGCCAAGCCCACGCGCCACCCAUUCAACGCCGCCGCCACUCUUCCACAAUCGCCGCUUCUUCCCGUCGUUCGCCUCCAAUCCCAGCGCAUGUCUCGGUCGCUCCCCGGCGGCUAGUCCCGGCCGCCCCCCGCCUCCUCCGCCUGAAUCUGAUCCACCUACCGGAAACCAUCCCUCCCCCUCCGCAGGAAGUUCUGCGACUUUUCAAGAUACCGUAAGGAUAUUCUUUGCCGUUCUUUUCUGGAUGUCUCUGUUCUUCUGGUCGUCAAUAUGGGACGGAAGAAACAAUGGUAGGCGGGGCAAAGGAUCGCGAUUUAGAAGAUAGCAGCUCAUCAACUGAAGCAACUAGCCCUUGUAUAGAAUUAGGACAACAGUCUUAGAACAUGUACAUGUUACAUGCAGAUUCAGAUAAAUGUCAUAUGUCCCAGUGUUGGCAUGCCUUGGUUAACUUUUCAUGGUAUUAGUUAUAUUCAGCUUAAUGAUGAUAUAUACAAAAACUAUAUUUCCAUUCACAAAA